GCGCCAGCGUAUCAAGCGUCAUACAUAACCAGAGCAUUAAAAAAGUCGAAUUUUAUAAAAGCUGCUCCAAAGGAGGAAUUGGUCUUCUUUUACAUACAAGAGAGAUUUCCAUUUCUCCUUUUUCAGCUUCCGUUUCUGGAAGGAGAAGGAAGAAGAAGAUGGCGGACUACGGAGGAGGAGCACCAGCAGCAGCCAUUGCGCUGUCGCACGCUCGCGACUGCCACACGUCCGAAGAAGAUGAAGAAGAAGGCCGAAACAGCGCGACAGGGAAGAACACGAAAGCCAUGGUGGUAGUUGGAGGAGCGAAGAAGCCGCGCGGCAGACCGCCCGGCUCGAAGAACAAGCCCAAGCCUCCAAUCGUGAUAACGCGGGACAGCGAAUCGGCCAUGCGGCCCACCGUCCUCGAGCUCUCCGCGGGGAGCGACGUCGUCGAGAGCGUCUUGACAUUCGCCCGUCGACGCCACGUGUCCAUCUGCGUCCUCAGCGGCAGUGGCAGCGUUGCUAACGUCACUCUCCGCCACCCAACUUCCCAUGCAUCGACUCUCACGCUACAUGGCCGCUUUGACAUCCUCUCUCUCUCUGGAACCUUCCUCUGCUCUCCUUCUCCUACUACAAAAGCUCCUUUCACCAUAUCUCUUGCAGGAGCACAAGGGCAGGUCAUUGGAGGAACUGUUGCGGGAGCACUGGUUGCUGCGGGACCUGUAGUCCUCAUGGUCGCUUCUUUCACGAAUCCAUCUUACCAUCGCCUCCCUGCAGAAGAAGAAGAAGCUGAAGAUAAUAGCAAGAAGGCUGGCGUGGGAGGCAGCGACUCGGGCAGCAGCAGCAACAGCAUGUCUAUGUCUGUUUAUAGCGUAGCAGCUCCAAGCCCUUUGACUUGCCAGAUCACAUCAGAUGUAUUGGCAUGGGCUCCUCCCUCUCGUCCUCCUCACUACUAAUAAUUAUUGUUUAAAAAAAAGAAAGAAAGAAAGAAAGAAAA